UAUCGUUUACCGCGUCUCUCUUCGCGAUCGUAUUAAAAAAAAGGCAAAUUCACGAUCUAGAUGUACCGCGAUGUUCCGCCGGAACACGCUUUUGUAUACGAUACAGCUAAGGAUGAUGACAGUGACAAAUGCUGUUGUUCGUCGCCUCGUUCGGAAGUGAUAUCAACUCCGAAGUCCACUGAAAAUCUAGCGGCAGAGGUAAAGGAGAGCACGACGCAACAUGAAAACAACAUUAAUGAAUCGCAGGAUACUGCUGCAACUACCUCCGAAGAACCACCCAUAGAAAAUGUAGACUUCAAAGUGAUUUACAACAAGCAGAAAAUUAGUGUGAAUUUUGCUUUAGAUGGUACAGUCGCCGACCUAAAGACGCAUUUGCAAAAAAUUAUCUCAGUACCACAGGCGAUGCAAAAGGUCAUGUUUAAAGGAUUAGCCAAAGAUGAUCAGACUCUUAGGAAUUUGGGAGUAACAAAAGGUGCCAAAGUCAUGAUAGUUGGGUCAAAGUUAGAUGAUGUAUUGGCUGUGUCAAUUCCAACUAAACAAGAGCUCAAUGACGAAGCUGUUUCCUCGGCGAGUAAGGAACCUCUUUCGCAACAAAAGAUACAUAGGAAAGUUUUAGAUAAAGGUAUCCCAGAAGACGUAAUGCCAGGAAUAUUAGAUAGCAAGGAACCUUUGCCCGAAUUUCCACUAGCUGGAAUGUUAAAUAAAUCCGGGGGAAAAGUGAGGUUAACAUUUAAAUUGGAGCAAGAUCAACUGUGGAUCGGCACAAAAGAAAGAACAGACAAAAUACCUAUGAAUUCUAUAAAAGGUGUCCACAGCGAGCCGAUUCACGAUCAUCCCGAGUAUCAUAUUAUGGCAAUACAAUUAGGCACUACGGAAGCAUCGAGGUAUUGGAUAUAUUGGGUCCCCGCGCAGUACAUAUCCGCUAUUAAAGACGCUAUUCUUGGCAAGUGGUGUUACUUCUGAUUGAUAGUCGAUGGAAAUCUCUAUUUCUGUAAAAGCAAAGUUUAAUCAGACGUAAACAUUAACACAAACACGACUGUACUAGUCACAGCAUAUUUCUAACAGUAAGUAAUAACUUAUUUUGAGUUGGAUUAUCAUCGAGGAAUACCCAAUAAACGUAGUCUGUCCCACUGAGAAAAUAUUUUAGGUGACUAGUCUUGUGAUUUAUUGGGAAAAAACUGAUGUAAUUACACUGUACGCUAAUGUUUUGCAUCUUCAUAGUCGAGAUUUAAUUGUAACUCGGAAUUUCUCCUACACAAUUGGGUAUAAGUUAAGCAGUCCUUUACACGAAAACUGUGAUUAGUGGAACUUCCAUAAUUGACAAUGCGUUGUGAUAUAAUAUUAUAUGUUUGCUUACGAUUAUGUACACUUUCUUUCUUUUUUCUAAUUUAUCAAAGCACCAUAUUUGCAAAUUUUGUACCGUAGAUUUUGCAGAAAAACUUUUACAUUCGAGAAAUUAUAAAAAUAUUAUUGCGAUUCGAUUUGUUGAGAUGUCUGAGCAAUAAAGCUAUUGACUUUAUAUGUAUGUAGCAGCACAAGGGUUACGGAUAUUGGAAUUAACUCCUUAAUUAUGCCGAUGUCUUUUACUUUCUUGUUAAACAAAAGUGAUUGUUCUUUUUUUUUUAUAAAUCACAGUUAUAAAUCAAUUAAAGUCGUAGCAUUGAAUUUAUAAGCAAACUUUUAAAACGAUCGUUAUUUCUACAACGCGAAUAAUUUGUUCAAGUUCUCACGCGACGUGUUCAGUUUGUCGAUUGAUGCGAUCGUAUGCAUACAAACACAUACAUAUACACACACACGCUAUGAUUUUAAAUCUAUUCGAGAUCUAUCUUUGGUACAUGUUAAGCUUUGACAAAGUUUUAUAUAUUUUUAUUGUAGUUUCUGCGACAAAAAAAAAGAUAUAUAUAUUUACACAUCUUUUUCACUGUACAGUAAAAGAUACAUAUAUAUAUAUAUAUGUUUCUUUUCGCGUAAUAUCAGUACUUUGUGUCGCCGUUGAAUAGAGAUAUACGGUCAAUACUCUCGGUGAAGAAGACGAAAACAGCCGGAAAAGAAAAGAGAAACAUUGACGUGCUUAGGUUUCAGUGUCAUUGUGUCGACUCGACGGAGGAGUAACAACGAAUAUCAUGCUAAAUAAAAUUAGAGAAUCGGCAGUUUCACGAUUGGCCUAUAGUGACAGAGUAAGAACUCUCGUAGGAACAAAGAGGAAAACAGAUCGAUUUCAUCGCUAUCUCACGAUUUGUAAGAACCUCUAUCUGUAAGGAAAAAGACUUGCGUACCGUGCUCUUUAGUACUGUAACUGUAAACUAGGUUUUAUACCGUCUAACACAGGAGCCGUCUGACAGCGUGAAUAAGAUAAUAUAACGAAUCAAAAUUUAUUAUAAAAUAGUACUACUUCCCCUCUCACGCAAUUAACGCAGUCAACUGUCCGCGCGUGACUCGAAGAAAUAAGAAAAAAAAAUCUACUUCGGAGGUCGGUUUGAAUGGGACUUGUACAUUACGUUGUGUGAUUUGAUAAAAUAAAUACUUCUGAGACUUUC